UGAAGUCUUGGUCGGCAGAGAAUUUGAGGCGGCACUGUCCAGGCCACCUAGAAUUCUGUCUUCUCUUCAUCGUCCUCGCUGAGCCACUCCUUCGGCGCCUCCGGAAGUCACCCUUUCCAUAGGCGGUUGGAGGUGGUUCUCGAGCAGAUUUACGUGCGGUGGCGUCGUUGGGCCUGACCUCGGUUUUGCCCGGUGGGCGUUUUGUGGCGCCAUGUUCUUCCCCGGCGGUGUGCCGCCGAGGGGAUACGCCAUGUUUUGGAGAAGCGAAGGAUUUAUGCCCUGAGCACAAUCAACUGACAACUGAAGGAAUGGAUGGAAAAGAGUUCCCAGAGCCCCACCUGGGCCAGUGGUAUUUUAUCGCAGGGGCAGCUCCCACCAAGGAGGAGUUGGCAACUUUUGACCCUGUGGACAACAUUGUCUUCAACAUGGCUGUGGGCUCUGCCCCCAUGCAGCUCCAGCUUCGAGCAACCAUCCGCACGAAAAAUGGACUUUGUGUGCCCCGGAAAUGGAUCUACCACCUGUCUGACGGGAGCACAGAUCUCAGAACCGAAGGCCGCCCUGACAUGAAGACCAAGCUCUUCUCCAGUGCAUGCCCAGGUGGAAUCAUGCUGAAAGAGACAGGCCAGGGUUACCAGCGCUUCCUCCUCUAUAAUCGCUCACCCCACCCUCCUGAGAAGUGUGUGGGGGAAUUCCAGUCCCUGACCUCCUGCCUGGACUUUAAGGCCUUCUUACUGACCCCCAGGAAUCAAGAUGCCUGUGAGCUGUCCAGUAACUGACCUGUGGCUUCACCUAUGCCCCCCAGAUGAAUACAGCAGGAACUUGUAUGGUGAGGGGAGAAGCUGGAGACUCCCAACUCUCUUUCAAAAGUAAUAAAGAUGAUUUUCCAA